AUGCUCAUUAUAUUCACACAAUGGUCAAUGUUUUUAUUUUUUUCAAUAAAUUUAUUUUUUUCCUCUAUAGUGUGCUUGGAUUCCAAACUUUUAAUCAAAAGGCCCCUGACUUUUAUGAAUCAUACGAAUAUAAACAUAUGUAAAAAUUUCAGCAUGGAACACAGUGUAGAUAAACACAUGAAUAAAGAGACCAAAUUUCAGGUUUUUUCUGAAAUCAUGGAUGACUCCAAUGACGAAGCCUUCUAUUACCCUGACGAUGACGGGAAACUGAUUCUCACUGGCAUUGAGGUUCACGUCCAGUUGGCAUCCCCGUUCAAGGCCUUUUGCUCCUGCAGGAGCAUCGCCUCGCCAGUCACGAAGCUGAAUGUGUCGAAGAAUCCCGAUGUGUACAAGACGGGCCCUGCCAAAAGCAGGAAGAAGGUGUACGAUGGAUUUAAGAAGGUGUUGGACGACAUUGUGAGGAACUAUAAGCCCGUAGUUUCGAUUUCAAAAACACAUUACGACACGGAAGCUCCCUUGAACGUGGAGGAGUACAUAAAAUGGUUUUACGAGUCGAAGGAGUUCACUGAGCACGAAGACGUGGACGAGAAGACCUUGAACGACUUGCUCCUCAACGAGAACCAGUACACCUGCGCAGGCUGCAGAGGAGAAGUCGGCACGCUUCCGUACAUUUCGCCCAUGUCGUUCCUGUACGCAGUCGGAGUGUGCAAGGUUUUGGACUGCAAAAUUGCAAACAAGGUGUCAUUCGAUCGCAAAUGCUACGAAUACUUUGACCUGCCUAAGGGAUACCAGGUAACGCAGACGCUGAACCCUCUCGGAAGGGACGGGCACAUCGACUUGAGCACGGGCAAGGUUGUGAGGGUGAGCAAGGUUCAGUUUGAGGAGGACACCGCCAGAAGAGUGGAAAACAACCCUGAGAACCUGGACUUUAACAGGAGCGGCGUAGCCCUGGCAGAGAUUGUGACCGCGGCCUGCGAAUUGACGAGGUCCGAGAUACUUGAGACGUGCAGAACCAUCUACGAGAGGGUGGUCUUCAACGGGCUUAGCAACGGAAACAGGUUCAGGGGCAACUUCAGGUUCGACAUAAACCUAUCCAGGCCCGACGGCACCAACAGGAUCGAGGUGAAGAACCUGAACUCGUUUGCUGUAAUCAACAAGUCCGUGAAAAACUACGACCCCGAGAAGGAGUACAAGUAUAAAUCCGAGGAGCGCGAGGAGUCCAGCGCUCUAAGCAAGCUGAUGAGUAGGCAGGACGCCGAGGGCAGGGGGGAGUCGGUUUUGGAGAAAAUAAAGAACAUAUUCACCUCGGUGCUCAAGGACGUCAGGAACAGGGACAAGUACGCGCCGCUGGGCACCACCAUGAAGUGGGACAAGGAGCACGGCCUCAGGGCCAUGCGGCACAAGCUGUCCUCGGCCUCCUACGGCAACUACUUCGAGGUGAACAUUCCCGUGCUCUACCAGAGCGACGAGCUGAUUAAGCGCAUCACCGACUGCCUGCCUGAGCAGCUUGACAGCCUCGACAAGUUCGUGGCGCAGUACCCCGGCGUCAAGCGGGAGCUGCUCAAGGAGGUCUACAAGCACAACUCCUGGGUCAAGUACUACGAAAGGCUCUGCUCCGAGCUGGACCCCCAGGUCGCCGCGAGCCACUUCGUGAACCUGCUGCUGCCCGUCGUCAAGGCCACGAACAAGCCCCUGAUGCCCCCCCAGAGGUUCGCCGAGCUCAUUAAGCUGGUUCUGGACCACCGCGUGAACCUGUCCGACGUCGAGGACGCCAUGCCCGCUCUCCUCGACCACGGCGGCUCCUUCGAGGACUACUUCGGCGGCAGGAACCUUCUGCUGCACAGCCUGAAGAGGACCAGGGAGCUGAUUGACGACUUUUUGAAGGAGCAUCCUCUGGACCCGAAGAAGUCCAGGAACUCAGAUUAUGUUACAAAGGUCACCUCUGAACUGGUGCGCUCCACCGGGUCCAAGAUCAGCUACCAGUUUGUGCGGGAGUACGUCACGAAGCUUUUAAACGAGUAG